CCAAAGCUGCGCGGGGUGAGCAGAGCAAGUGCCAGGCUGGGCCACGAGACGCCGCUUCUUGCCAGGGUCCUGGCAGCUUCCUCUUCCACAGCCACUUCCGUGUGGCCGGGGCCCCAGAGGCAGGAGCUGCUGCUGGUUGCCCAGGCCACCCUCCACCCCCGUUUGGAGCCCUGCCCAUGUAGGGCUGGGCCAAGCCCAGCGGCCAGCGGGGAUUCCAUGGGGGACUGUUAGGGCAAAGGUCUUGGGGGACAGAGGUGGCUGGGCCAGAGUCCUGGGGCUCCGGCCAUGAAGUCUCGGCAAAAAGGAAAGAAGAAGGGCAGCUCGAAGGAGCGAGUGUUCGGGUGUGACCUGCAGGAGCACCUGCAGCACUCCGGCCAGGAGGUGCCCCAGGUGCUACUGAGCUGUGCCGAGUUUGUGCAGGAGUAUGGAGUGGUGGACGGCAUUUACCGCCUCUCAGGGGUCUCCUCCAACAUCCAGAAGCUCCGGCAGGAGUUUGAGGCAGAACGGAAGCCAGACCUUCGCCGGGAUGUUUACCUCCAGGACAUUCACUGCGUCUCCUCCCUGUGCAAGGCCUAUUUCAGAGAGCUGCCAGACCCCCUGCUCACCUACCGGCUCUAUGACAAGUUCGCUGAGGCCGUGGCGGUACAAUUGGAGCCUGAGCGUCUGGUUAAGAUCCUAGAGGUGCUUAAAGAACUGCCUGACCCAAACUAUAGGACCCUGGAGUUCCUCAUGCGGCACCUGGUGCACAUGGCCUCGUUCAGCGCCCAGACCAACAUGCACGCCCGCAACCUGGCCAUCGUAUGGGCCCCCAACCUGCUGAGGUCUAAGGACAUAGAGGCCUCGGGCUUCAAUGGGACAGCAGCCUUCAUGGAGGUGCGCGUGCAGUCCAUUGUUGUCGAGUUCAUCCUCACGCACGUGGACCAGCUCUUUGGGGGUGCCGCCCUCUCCGGUGCUGAGGUGGAGAGUGGAUGGCGAUUGCUCCCAGGGGCCCGGGCGUCGGGCAGCCCCGAGGACCUGAUGCCCAGGUCUCUGCCUCACCAUCUGCCUAGCAUCCUGCAGGCUGGCGAUGGGCCCCCCCAGAUCCGGCCUUACCACACGAUCAUUGAGAUUGCGGAGCACAAAAGGAAGGGGUCGUUGAAGGUCAGAAAGUGGAGAUCUAUCUUCAAUCUGGGCCGGUCUGGCCAUGAGACAAAGCGUAAACUUCCUCGGGGGGCUGAAGACAGGGAGGACAAAUCCAGUAAGGGGACACUGCGGCCAGCCAAGAGCAUGGACUCACUGAGUGCCGCGGCGGGGGCCAGUGAGGAGCCCGAGGGGCUGGUGGGACCCAGCAGUCCCCGGUCUAGUUCACUGCUGCCUGAGAACUCGGAGAACGAUUCUAUGGAGGCAGCAGAGGGGGAACAGGAGCCCGAGGCGGAGGCACUGGGUGGCACCAACUCUGAGCCCGGCACUCCGCGGGCCGGGCGGUCGGCUGGCCGGGCCGGGGGCAGCAGCCGGGCAGAGCGCUGUGCUGGCGUCCACAUCUCAGACCCCUACAACGUCAACCUCCCGCUACACAUCACCUCGAUCCUCAACGUGCCCCCCAACAUCAUCUCCAACGUCUCCUUGGCUAGGCUCACCCGUGGCCUCGAGUGCCCUGCUCUCCAGCCCCGGCCAAGUCCUGCCUUGGGCCCUGGCCCUGGCCCUGGCCUUGGGCCUGGUCCCCCAGAUGAGAAGUCGGAGGCAAGUCCAGCCCCAGGUCCCCUGGCUGACUCGGGUUCAGCGGACACGGCCCUUGCCCUGGAGGACUGCCUGUCCCAGGAGGUGCAGGAUUCCUUCUCCUUCCUAGAGGACUCAAGCAGCUCAGAGCCCGAGUGGGUGGGGGCGGAGGAUGGGGAGGUGGCCCAGGCAGGAGCAGCAGGAGCAGCCUUCUCCCCUGGGGAGGACGACCCUGGGAUGGGCUACCUGGAGGAGCUCCUGGGAGUUGGGCCUCAGGUGGAGGAGUUCUCUGUGGAGCCGCCUCUGGAUGACCUGUCUCUGGACGAGGCGCAGUUUGUCCUGGCUCCCAGCUGCUGUUCCCUGGACUCUGCUGGCCCCAGGCCUGAAGUGGAGGAGGAGAACGGGGAGGAAGUCUUCCUGAGUGCCUAUGAUGACCUAAGUCCCCUUCUGGGACCUAAACCCCAGACCUGGGAGGGUGCAGAGAGUCUGAAGGAGGAGGCAGGGGAGUGUGGAAGACAGGCUCCAGGACAGGCUGAGGAAGAGCAGGUGUGCUGGGAAGAUGGAGAGGACAAGGAGUCUGAGCCUGAGAGCAAACAGAUCAGGGAAGAGGCUGAAGGGAGGCCAGAGAGUGAGGUGGAGAGUGGAAAGGCCAGUGAGGAAGACGGGAUGGUGGAGGGAAGCCAAGAGACAAUAGUCAGUUUGAGAGAGGGUAGUGGAGAGACAGAGACCAAGGGACAGAAGUCUGAAGGUCAGGAAGCUGAAAGUAUGAAAGAGGCUCAGGGUGUGGAGGAACCAGGAGGGCAGGAUAAAAGCCAAGAGAAGGAAAAAGAGAUUGAGAGAGAAGAGCAGGCUGAGCGAGAAGUGGCACAGGCAGAUGCUGGAAGGGACCGAGAGCACGGAGCCCAGGAGCACCAAGAUGCUGAGGGAAGCUGGGAAGUUGUAAACAAACCAGAGGCUGAGGGAGGCAGAGAGGGCGAGGACAAAGAACAGAGGGGGGACGGAGACUGUAAGGCAAGAGGAGACCGAGGAGAUGGUGAAGACAGCAGACCUCUAGAAGAAGUGGUUGGAAAAGGAGCAGGGGAGGUGAGCAAGGAACGGGAGAGUGGAGAUGGAGAGGCUGAGGGAGACCGGAAGUCUGGAGGUGCCUGUUUGGACGACAGCACUCUCUCUGCAGAGGCAGACCUAGAGUCCUUGGAGAUUGACAGUGCCCAAGAGGGCAAAGCCCAGUCUUCCAGGUUGGAACAGGCAGCCCCACAGUCACCUCAGCCAGAGGAGCCAGAGCCUGAAGCACAGCCCUAUCCAGAGGGCUGUGAUCUGUGCCCCUGUGCCCUUGGCUCAGCUGGUGGUGUGGGCAUGCGCCUGGCUUCCACCCUGGUUCAGGUCCAGCAGGUGCGCUCUGUGCCCGUUGUGCCCCCUAAACCACAGUUUGCCAAGAUGCCCAAUGCAAUGUGUAGCAAGAUCCAUGUGGCACCUGCAAACCCAUGUCCGAGACCUGGCCGACUCGAUGGGACUCCUGGGGAAAGGGCUUGGGGGUCCCGAGCUUCCCGGUCCUCUUGGAGGAAUGGGGGCAGUCUUUCCUUUGAUGCUGCUGUCGCCCUGGCCCGGGAACGCCAGAGAACUGAGGCUCAGACAGUGCGGCGGACACAGACCUGCACUGGGGGUGGGGACUACAGCCUCAUCCCCAGAACCCCUCCCUGUAGCAUGAUCCCUGCCCAUUCUUCUCGGCCCCUUAGCUGCCUGGAGCUCCCACCUGAUGGCUCAGAAGGGUCUGGAACCCGGAGCCGGCUUAGUCUACCCCCCAGAGAACUGCAACCCCCUCACCCCCUAGUAUCUCCCCAGCGCAGAUCAUAUGCAUUUGAAAUACAGGCUAAUCCUGGGCAAGGUGAGGGGCUAUGAUUAGAACCGGAGCACUGGGCAAAGGGGACCAGUAAGUAGUCUUGACUCUGCAGGUCCCUGAGCAGACAUAGCUCCUACUCUAGGCUUUGACCUGGCAGCCAAACUCUGGAAAGCCCUGUCUUGGUUGGUUUACCUCAGCUUGUCUCAGACACAAAGCACUUAUCUCUUGAGACAGUACCAAGAAAAUCACCAAGAGACCACAGGGUAGGCAGAAUAGUAGAGGUUUCUCAAAGCGAGGAACAGAGGAAGAAUUCCAGCCAACUUCCCGCCCCCUUUGAUGUUGUGAACUUUUCUUCAUGGAAGUCCAUGGUAGAGGAUGGGACAGGCCAGCUCAGAGCCUUUCAUAUACAAACACUUCUGAUUAGCUCGUCCCUGUUCUGCUCCUGGACCCUUGGAUGCCUCCUGAACCUCCCAGCACCAGAGUAGGAGGAAACUCUUCGAAGCUCUCAGUGUUUGUGAGAGGGACUGACUCUCACUUCAGUCCCCCAAUCCUCGCCUUCCAGCCACCUUGCAGAAGAGAGGUCCUGCAGGAUCUCUCUGGCCUCUUCUUUUUCCUUUGGAAUCACUUCCUCCUAUUUCAGGAAAGAGGAAAGGCCUCACUCAGGCCCAGGGACUGCUUCUCCACACAGGCUGGGGCCACAAGUCCCAUCCUAGUAAGGAUCAAUGUAUCUGAAUAAAAGUUGUAUUUUUACAUGUAAA